ACCUUUACUCCGCGUGUAUGUCAGCGGGAUAAAAACUCCAUUCUUUUCCGUUCUGAAAACUCUUCUCUCUCUCUCUCUCUCCUUAUUCUUUGCGGCCCUCGAAAGCCGUUCUCUCUCUAAAACGCACGAAUAGAUACAUAUAUUUGUGUGAAUCUAUAUGCCUUUUGAUUGAUAAAUAAUUCUCCAUUGAUUUAAGGCGUUCUUAUCCUGAAUUUGUUACCAGACUCGAAAAUCAGAAUCCCAUCAAUUAAUUUGGCUAUGAAUUGCUGGAUUUCGAUUGAGCUUCAAAGGAAGAUACACCAGGGUUUUUGUAGGAAAGUGUUAUCUGUUUGAUGGUUACUGCUACAAAGGUUCCUCUUCUUCUGUGACAAAUCCUGUUAAACGAGUUAAUUAUGUUUACUGAGGUAACAGAAGGCAAAGAUAUCAAUGAUUGCAAGGAAGAAACAUCUGAUAUUGAUCUUAAUCAUGACAUUGGAAAGUUAUCAGUGUCUUCGCAAGUGCCCGGACCCUUAUUUAUGAGAGCUGAUGAGUCACCUAUGAGCUUGGUGAGAUCUGAACUUUCUGGUGCCAAUCAUCUUCUUCCGUCUUUUGAUUCUAUCAGUUUGGCUGAGCUUCAUGAGCAACAGGAUGAUGUUGCAAAAGAAACCAUUAGAUCUAGUGGUUUUGACCCUAUUUGCGGUGCUAUUCCAUCUGAAGAGAGAGUAGAUGAAGGAAAGGAAACUAUCAAAUUUGAAUCUUCUCACUCUGUUCACAUUGCUGGGCCAACUAUACAGAGAGAUGAUGAAAGUGAGGAUGUAGUUAAAGACGACAAUGCUCUUGAAAAUAAUCAUCCUUUAAUUGUUUAUGAAUCAACUCAGAAAAGUAGUGGGCGCAAGAUUAAAUUAAAUCAGAAUGGUGAUUGCCAAAAACGAUCAAGAAAGGGCACGAAAACAGCCAAAAAAAACUUACCAUUGGAUUUGAGUUCCUUGAAAAUUUCAAGAAGAAGAAGAAGUUUAUUCUGCAAACGAGCUCGUUCCUCAGUUUGGGGAUCUGUAGGGAAUAUAUUACAAGAUUCUGAAGAACAAGUUAUGAUCGACCCAAAUUUAGGCAAUCAGAAACAACGAAGAAAAGUAAGAGGUGGUCAAGGAAAUGGCAAGACUGGUAGGAAACAGGCAGGUCGACUUUCGGAAAAUUCAACGAGAAAAAGAUGGACCCCAACUGGCCACAUCUCUUUAAAGGUUAGAAUUGGCAAAGAAUCGAUCCAAACUUGCCCCAUUGGUAAUGACAUGGAUAGUUUUCGUGCAAUGGGGAAAAGUAUUCCUGAAUUAUUUAAGAAAACUGAAAAUAAGCUGGAGGAAGAAGUGCCCAGCAACCAUCCUGAAACUAACUGCCAGGAGGAGGUUGAUAAUUUUGGGGCAUCCAUUGAUAAUAGGUGUUCGGAUUCAGGGACUUCGCCUGAUUCAGAAGUUAUAAACUCAGUUCCAGAACCUCCAAUUUUUGGAAAAGGUUUAGAAGAAAAUGUAGAAAUGAAUCCUUCUUCUGGGCUUCAUGUCGCUCAGGAGCCAUUUAAGUCACAAAGCUCUGAGACAUUGUUUCCUUGUAUGAAGGGGAAAAAAGUGUCUAAAAGCUCUAGAGCAAAGGAAGGGAGCAAACAUACAUCUGGAAUAUUGGAUUUAUCCAGCAAGAAAGGUAACCCUUCAAAAAGUAAGGGAAACCAGAACAAGUCAGUUGGUAAGCGUAAGGUGAAGGAGAAGGGUGACACUAGCCGUUCCCUCUGUAGAGCAGAAAGCCACCUGGCAGAAGAAAAUAAAGCAUUAUCUCAUCUUGGAGAAAGUGAUUGCUCAAACAAAACUUCAACUAUAGAGAGAAACAGCUUGCAAAGUUUGCCUGGUGGGGCAAAGGAUCAAUAUGUUCCAAGAGAUGCGUGGGGACGUUGUGAUGAUUGCCAUCAAUGGAGGCGCAUACCGGCUACACUUGCUGAUCUAAUUGGAGAUCCAAACUACAAAUGGACUUGCAAGGAUAACAAGGAUAAAGACUUUGCUGAUUGCUCAAUUCCACAAGAGAAAUCAAAUAUCGAGAUCAACGAAGAGCUGGGAAUAUCCGAUGGUUCCUGUGAAGAUGAUUCUCCUGGUGUCUUCUCGAAUUCUAAUCCCAAUCAGUCAACAGCUCCUCAACAUUCAUUUUGGAAGCUUAUCAAGUCAAACUUGUUUCUGCAUCGAAGCCGUAAAAGUCAAACUAUUGAUGAGAUAAUGGUUUGCCAUUGCAAAUCUCCGUCAGAAGGCAGAAUGGGUUGCGGAGCUAAAUGUUUGAACCGGAUGCUUAACAUUGAAUGCGUUCAAGGGACUUGUCCAUGUGGUGAACUUUGUUCAAAUCAACAGUUCCAGAAGCGCAAGUACGCUAAAUUAAAGUGGUUCAGGUGUGGAAGGAAGGGUUAUGGCCUUCAGGCACAUGAGCAUAUCUCUGAAGGACAAUUUCUUAUUGAAUAUGUUGGAGAGGUUCUUGAUGUGCAUGCUUAUGAAGCUCGGCAAAGAGAGUAUGCUUUGGAAGGCCACAAGCAUUUUUACUUCAUGACAUUGAAUGGCAGUGAGAUUAUUGAUGCCUGUGCUAAAGGAAACCUGGGACGUUUCAUAAACCACAGUUGCAAUCCUAAUUGUCGUACGGAAAAGUGGAUGGUGAAUGGAGAAGUUUGUGUUGGACUGUUUGCUUUGAGGGAUAUUAUGCAGGGUGAAGAAGUUACAUUCGACUACAAUUACGUACGUGUGUUCGGGGCUGCUGUUAAAAAAUGUGUGUGUGGUUCAACUAACUGUCGGGGGUAUAUAGGCGGCGAUCCAUCAAAUGCUGAAGUAAUCGUUCAAGGUGAUUCUGAUGAAGAAUAUCCUGAACCUGUUAUGAUCUGUGAAGAUGGUGAGAUAGAUAAUGACUGGAAUGGCACAAUGACACAUUCCUCCAAUGACGAAGAAAUUACAGCUGCAAAGAAAGCACCAGAAAACAAAGAUAGAAUGAUCCAACCAGAAUGUAUUGCUGGUCACUUGGAGAACAUUUCAGAAACACACACUUCUGAAACUUCAACAAGAAAUGAAGUUGAAAGUGUUGACCCUGCUUCUGGUGAUGGUUGCUUAAUGACUUCAAUGUGCCAGAGAUAUCCUUCUGUUCAACCCAUUGAUGUAUCCUUACAACCAGAUGAUCUUACAAAAGAAGCUAUAUCUGCAGUUGAGCACGAGUUUUCUACAACAGAAAGGAACACGACAAAUUCGCUGUUCUCUGCUCGUGAAAUUGAGAUGACUGCCCAUGCUGGACCGCCUAAAAAAUUGGUUAAAACUAGGAGGAAGUUAAAAUCUGGUACUGGUGGAAGAAGCGAAGAAUUUAUGGAGGAUAUUCUUCCAAAAUCUCUUCAUUCAUCAUCUACAGUAAAGAAGGGAAAGCUUAAAACUGAUGCUAUGACUGGCAAAAGAACUCCACAUGUGGAUAAGUCAAUUAUUGUACCCUACAAACCCAAAAGAUUACCAGAACUUUCCUUAAAUAGCCAUUUUGAAGCAGUUGAGGAGAAACUAAAUGAGUUGCUAGAUCCUGAAGGGGGAAUAAGCAAGCGAAAAGAUGCAUCAAGAGGUUACUUGAAGCUUCUUUUUCUUACUGCUGCUUCAGGGAAUAAUGGACAUGGUGAAGCCAUUCAAAGCAAUCGAGAUCUUUCAAUGAUCUUGGAUGCCAUCUUGAAGACAAAAUCACGGACUGUUCUAAUAGAUAUAAUUAACAAGAAUGGCUUGCAGAUGUUACACAACAUAAUGAAGAGGUACAGAAGGGAAUUCACUAAGACUCCUAUCCUGCGAAAGCUUCUUAAGGUGCUCGAGUAUCUGGCAAUGAGGGAAAUCCUUACUCUGGAGCACAUAAGUGGAGGUCCUGCAUGUCCUGGAGUGGAGAGCUUUAAGGAUUCAAUAUUGAUACUGACAGAACAUGCAGAUAAACAGGUCCAUCAUAUUGCACGGAACUUCCGGGAUAAGUGGAUUCCUAGGCAUAUGAGAAAAAAUGGCUGUAUGGACAGGGUUGCUGGGAGGAUGGAAUUUCAUCCUCGUUCUAGCUACACCAAGUUUUCUGCUGUACAUGAUCAUGGGAGUCAGAUAAAACCUUCUCAAGCAAUGGAGUGUUUUGAAAUGCAGUCCAUGCCUGAAUCUUGUACGGGCAACACUGGUGUUCCAGACGUCUCUGCCUCAGGUGAUAAUUGUGGAAACAGCGGCACAAAAAAGCGCAAGCGUAAAAGUAGAUGGGAUAAUCCAUUGGAGGCAUGCUCGACGCCCAACAUCAAUGGGGAUGGUCCUCCUGGGUUUCUGUCUCCGUGUAAUGAUCCUAUGCUCACAUGUGAUGCAUCUUUGACCUCUAUUGAUCACCAAGAAGGAACCAUGCACAUGAUGGGUCCGUUUGAUGUAGUAUUGGGUGAUUCACAGCAUAAAUUCAUUUCACGUCUUUCUGUCUCCUAUGGCGUUCCAUUUACUGUCAUAAAACAAUAUGGGGGCCAUGAAGCAGAAGCUUCCAAGGGUUGGGCUGUAGCUCCCGGUGUACCAUUCCACCCCUUUCCCCCGUUGCCUCCAUAUCCCCGUGACAGGAGGGUGCUACCAGCCUCUGCUGCUAAUUGUCCGUCACUGGGUCAACGUGCAGAGAAAGCAGAAGCUGGUUUUGAUCAUUGUACUGAUCAUUCAGAUGAAAGCCAUACAAGGAAACCCAGAUUUGACUCGCCGGAUAUGAACAUUUCAGAUGCAAAUGACAGAUAUGAUUUUCAGCAGGGAGGGAGUUCCUAUAACUUGGGGAGGAAUUACUUUAGGCAGCAGAAGUGGAAUCACUCGAAGUUAGCACCGCCAUGGGUCCGGAAUAGAAAUGUUUGGUAAUGUACAGGGAACAGUCCUAGCAAUGGCAUGCGAAAGAUAGGUUUAGGAAGUGGGACAAUUGGGAUACAUUUCAUGAGCAUUGACAUUGAUAACUUUAGAUUUUAUUCUAUAGGACGAUUUUCAAGGAGCUUUGAAAAUUUGAAUGCUCCGUUUGAAUGUACUACAUUCUUUGCUGCACAGUGUCACUACAAAUUAAAUAUUCUUUAAUCUGUUCAGUUUUAUCCUCAUUUAUAGGCUUUGCUGAGGUUGUUCUGAGAAAUUAUUUGCUUGCUUCGAAA